AUGCCCAGGCCUCUUCUCGCCGCUCUCCGAACAUCCAUCCGCCCAGCCCUCACCAGAAACCUCAGGAUGUCCUCUUCCAUCCCCGUCCCUCAGGAUUUCAACGCUGCCCUCUACAAGCCCUUGGCUGAGGCCGACCCCGAGAUCUCUUCUCUCAUCGAGAAGGAGACCUGGAGACAGUUCUCUGGUCUCGAGCUCAUCGCUUCCGAGAACUUGACCUCUCUCGCCGUCAUGGAGGCCAACGGUUCCAUCCUCACCAACAAGUACUCUGAGGGUCUCCCCGGUGCCCGAUACUACGGUGGUAACGAGUUUAUCGAUGUCAUCGAGAACCUCACCAAGGAGCGUGCUUUGAAGGCGUUCAACCUCGACCCCAAGGUCUGGGGUGUCAACGUCCAGCCUUACUCUGGUUCCACCGCCAACUUUGCCGCCUUCACCGCCCUCAUCAACCCCCAGGACCGUAUCAUGGGUCUCGGUCUCCCCGACGGUGGUCACCUCACCCACGGCUACUACACCGCCAAGAAGAAGAUCACCGCCUCUUCCAUCUACUUCCAGUCCUUCCCCUACCGCGUCGACCCCAAGACCGGUAUCAUCGACUACCCCCAGCUCGAGACCAACGCCAACCUCUACAAGCCCCGUCUCGUCGUCUGCGGCGGUUCCGCCUACCCCCGUGACUGGGACUACGCCCGCCUCCGCAAGAUCGCCGACGCCCAGGGCGCCUACCUCUUGUCCGACAUGGCCCACAUCUCUGGUCUCGUCGCUGCCGCCGAGCAAAACUCGCCUUUCGAGUACUGCGACGUCGUCACCACCACCACCCACAAGACCCUCCGUGGUCCCCGUGCCGGUCUCAUCUUCUUCCGAAAGGACAAGGAGGCCGACCUCGAGGCGCGCGUCAACGCGGCCGUCUUCCCCGCGUGCCAGGGUGGGCCCCACAACAACACUAUCGCUGGUAUCGCCGUCGCCCUCAAGCAGGCUGCCGACCCCGCUUUCAAGGCCUACGCCAAGCAGGUCCGCGCCAACGCCGCUGCUAUGGCUGCCGUCCUUUUCAAGCACGGCUACAACCUCCAGACCGACGGUACGGAGAACCACUUGAUCCUCUGGGACCUCAGGCCCAUCGGCUUGACGGGUUCCAAGGUCGAGAAGAUCUGUGAUGCCGCUCACAUCACCUUGAACAAGAACGCCGUCGCCGGUGACACUUCCGCCCUCGUCCCCGGCGGUGUCCGAAUCGGCACCUCCGCCCUCACCUCCCGCUCCAUGCUCGAACCCGACGUCGAACGCGUCGCCGAGUUCCUCCACCGCGUCGUCCAGAUCGCGCUCAAGACCCAGCAAGAAGCCGGCAGCAAGCUCCUCAAGGACUUUGUCAAGGCUUAUGAAGGGGAGGGCGAGGCGUCAAAGCUUAUUGCAGAGUUGAAGGCGGAUGUGGUCAAGUUUGCGACUUCGUUCCCUUUGCCUGGUGUGCCUGACACUUCCAAGAUCGUCCGACCCGAGGGCGUCUCCGUCUAA